CAAUGAUCAAGCCAUUCUCUUUACUUGCUCGCCGUGCAUAUACCACAGUUCAUCCUGGUUCUCGUCCUGGUAUUACCAAUGGAUUUAUUGGGGCCAUUGGAAACACACCUCUUAUCCGAUUGAAUCGAUUGAGUGAAGAAACCGGCUCUGAGAUCCUGGCUAAAGCUGAAUUCAUGAACCCUGGUGGUUCUGUCAAAGAUCGUGCUGCUUUAUAUGUCGUAAAGGAUGCGGAAGAAAGGGGACUGAUCAAGCCCGGAGGCACUGUUGUUGAAGGUACAGCAGGAAAUACCGGUAUUGGAUUAGCCCACGUUUGUCGUGCAAAGGGAUACAAGUGUGUUAUUUACAUGCCCAACACUCAGUCCCAGGAAAAGAUUGAUUUGCUUCGUAUGUUGGGUGCUGAAGUAUAUCCUGUACCUGCAGUUGCAUUUGACAACCCACAGAACUAUAACCACCAAGCCAAACGCCACGCUGAGUCCUUGGAGAACGCCGUCUGGACCAACCAGUUUGAUAACACAGCCAACCGCCGUGCUCAUAUCGAAACUACAGGGCCUGAAAUCUAUGCACAAACCAAUGGUGAAGUAGAUGGGUUUGUUUGUGCUACAGGCACAGGUGGUUCCUUGGCAGGUACAGCACGCUAUUUAAAGGAUAAGAAGGGAGAUGACGUCAAGAUCUUCUUGGCUGAUCCUCCUGGAUCUGUCUUAUUCAGUUAUUUUACCAGUGGCCGCAAGUUGAUGGACCGCAGUGGAUCUUCCAUCACAGAAGGUAUUGGACAGGGUCGUGUAACCGAUAACUUGGCUCCUGACGUAGACUUGAUUGACGGCGCAUUGAAUAUCAAGGAUGAAGAUACCAUCGCCAUGGUGUAUCGUUUGUUGGAUGAAGAAGGUAUUUAUGUUGGAGCAUCCUCUGCAUUGAAUGUUGUAGCUGCUGUACAGAUGGCUCAACAGCUUGGAAAAGGCAAAAAGGUUGUCACUCUUUUAUGUGAUGGUGCCUAUAGAUAUCAAUCUCGUCUUUUCAGUCGUACUUGGUUAGAAUCUAAGAAUCUGUCUAAUGCUAUUCCUGAUCACUUGCAGAAAUACGUUGUUUUACCUUAAUUCUUUGUCUUCUAGAAAUUUACCUUUAGAAUAUCAUACACUCUUUCCAAGCUUAUGUCUAGAAAUAAAAAUUGUGAGCCCAGAAAGGG